UAGUAGGAUACUAUAUUGGCAAAAGAAGAAAGAAGCAAGGAAAAGAAAUAAAGCACGAGACGAGAGUCAAAUCUGAGCUGAGGAACCGGAACAAAACCUCGUAGCAUAGCAGCAACAAAUUGUUUUUGUUUUGACUUUAAAGUAACAAACCUCAAAUUCUAAGAAUAUUGUUUCAUUGGUGGAAGAAGAAAAUGGGAGUAGAUAGUGCUGCGUCUUCUAGCUCCAAUUCAUGGUCACAUAAUGAUGAAGAUGAUAACAGUAGCAAAAACAACAGCAGUAUUGUGGUGUUGAAUGUCUAUGAUCUUACCCCUAUUAAUAAUUACAUGUAUUGGUUUGGAUUUGGAAUCUUUCACUCCGGCAUUGAAGUGUAUGGUAAGGAGUAUGGAUUUGGGGCCCAUGACUUCCCAGCUAGUGGAGUUUUUGAAGUGGAGCCAAAGAAUUGCCCUGGAUUCAUAUAUAGGUGUUCCAUCAAUUUGGGCCAAAUACAGACAAGCCCUUCAGAAUUCCGGACAUUUAUCGAAAACAUGGCUUCAGAGUAUCAUGGUGACACCUAUCAUCUUAUAUCUAAGAACUGCAAUCAUUUUACGGAUGAUGUCUCAUAUAGAUUGAUUGGAAAACAAAUCCCAGGUUGGGUGAAUCGGCUUGCUAAGCUUGGUGCUUUGUGCAGCUGUCUACUUCCUGAAAGUCUUCAAGUAACAAGUGUUAAACAGCUACCGGAAUACCAUGAAUGCUCGGAAGAUGAAUUUGUCGACUCUCUCUCAACUGCCACACCCCACGGAUCACCAGAAAUAGACGCUGAGCAAGAAAAACACCUUCUGUCACCAUCAGCUCGUGCUGAGGAUGUAACUUUCGUUAAAGAGGCCCACGUAAAGUGAACGUGAUGUGUUCAAGGUGAAAAUAUUGCAGGCUGUCUUUGGCUGAAUAUUUGUCCAUUUGAUUUGCAGUGAUUCUCUUUUCAACAAAAAAAAAUCUCAUUCUUUCAUGGUUUUCUGCAUUGUAUUUGGUUCAUUCAUUGUAUUUGUAACCGGAGAAUCCAAACUAUAUCUAGUGUUGUGUUUUUUUUAUUUAUUUAUUAAGGUUUUUCAAUGUAAAAUUGUAAAUGGCAUCCUUGUCUGUAAUUUGUAAGUUCUGAAACAAGUAACAUUGUUAGAUGAUAAUCCAGUUAGUUUUGGAGAUCUGUGUGAGAAAAAGAAAAAUAUCUUCACGAUUGAAUAGGAGUGUUUAAAAUUGUUUGGA